UUCUCUUUGCCUAUCAAUCCUAGAAGUUUGAGAGAGACCCUCGGCCAAUUCUUUUAAUCUAGACUCCUUCUAUUUGUAUUCGAUCAUUUAAAAUCCCUAGUACCGAAAUUUCCUCCUAUAUAUAAUGGGAACCAACACCUGAAUUAAUUGGUUUCCAGCCUCCAGAGAGAGAGAGAGAGAGAGAGAGAAAGAAGAUGUCAUCAACCUCCCAAGCCAUGCUAAACCAGGGCUUGUUUGAGGAGCAAGAGAUGCCUACUCAGAUGGGUUUCUUUACUUUUCCUUCAAACUUGAGCUGCCCUCCAUUAGGAUUAGGUUGCCAUCAAUCUCUCAAAGCCUUCAAUAUAGCUGCAGCAGCUCCCCUUGCAGCUGAAGCUGAUGCAUCUUCUGCUGCUAAUCUGACUGAAACCCUACUCUCAUCUUCCACCGCUCAAAAGCAUAGAGAAGACCCUGCUUCUGAUUUUGGAGGACCCCAACUCCUUUCCUUGCAGAGAUCUAGUGCAAAUUUCUGGGCAUGGGGAGAGGUAAACGAGUGUUUGGCAAGCAAGAAAAUUGGUGUAGAUGAUCAUUUAGCCGUUUCUGCAAUGAAAAUGAAAAGGAUAAAAGCAAGAAGAAAGGUAAGGGAACCUAGAUUUUGCUUCAAGACCAUGAGCGAUGUGGAUGUAUUGGAUGAUGGAUACAAGUGGAGAAAGUACGGCCAGAAAGUGGUAAAGAACACCCAGCAUCCCAGGAGCUACUAUCGUUGUACGCAAGAUAGUUGUCGAGUAAAGAAGCGAGUGGAGAGAUUAGCAGAGGAUCCUAGAAUGGUAAUAACCACAUACGAAGGCAGACACGUCCAUUCCCCGUCUCACGAUCUCGAUGACUCCCAACCUUCUAAUUCCCAGCUUAGCAAUUUCUUCUGGUAGCCGUCAACCAGACCUUAUAAUUACUAUUACUAAGUUCAUUUGGCACUAUGAUGGGAGGAAAGUCCCGUCAUAUAACGUAGUUAUGACAAGAUGGAAGUUCCUCCCAUCACAUUGCCAAAUGAACCCUAUUAUUCAGACAACCAUAUUAAUAUAUAUAUAUAUAUAUAUAUAGAACACUUCGAAAAACAUUCACAAUAAAAUUGAAAGGGUGAACAAUUCUUAUAUAUAUAUGUCGAUUGGUACUGUAUAAUGAACAAUAAGUUGCAUUUUAUGUUUUUUGUAAAUUUUGUAGAAUGUAUAAUAUUGCAUGUCCAAGUUCCACUGUUGUCAUUAAG